AUGGGUGCCAGCCAGCGAAGGGGCCCAAGGGGGGUCGAGCAGCCAGCAACGCCAACAACAACGCCAGGAGCAGGAUCAACGUCGACCAAUUUCACCGACGGCGCCUCGGAUGAAUUCGAGUUUGGCGGCUCGCUCGGAGCUAUGGGCGUCAUGCUCGGGUCCCCGUUGAUAAUGUGGUAUAUGUGGAUUGGCGCAACAUACUACGGUGGCGCAUUCCCCUGGCCUGCCGCCGGCCAGAGCUGGACGGACUUUGCCCUGCAUCUCGCCCAUCUGGUGUACGAAGGCGGCUAUCCCACGGCCAAGGCAUGGGCUAUCUACUGGGUGUUCUUCGUUGCCGAAGCCCUGAUGUACUGCUACAUGCCAGGCGUGUCGAGCCAUGGACGACCGCUCAGGCACGAAGGGGGCCGCAGGCUGCCCUACUUCUGCUCUGCGUAUUGCUCGUUCUACGCGACUUUGGCUAUCGCUGCAGUCUUGCAUGUCACCGGCCUAUUCCCGUUGUACACGCUGAUCGAUGAGUUCGGCUCUAUCAUGACAGUUGCCAUCUUGUCUGGCUUCAUCAAUAGUGUUAUUGUCUAUGUUCAGGCGCUGGUGCGAGGCCGAACCCACCGACUCUCUGGAUAUCCCGUCUAUGAUUUCUUUAUGGGUGCUGAACUGAACCCCCGUAUUGGUAUCCUGGACUUUAAGAUGUUUUAUGAGGUUAGGAUUCCCUGGUUCAUCCUCUUCCUCAUCACCUGUUCCGUCGCUACUCGUCAAUAUGAGACGUACGGCUAUGUUGCGCCUGAAGUCGUCUUUUUGGCUGUUGCGCAUUAUCUCUAUGCCAAUGCAUGUGCCAAAGCAGAGCAGAUGAUCAUUACUAGCUGGGACAUGUACUUUGAGAAGCUCGGCUGGAUGCUUACCUUUUGGAACAUGGCUGGCGUACCAUUCACGUACUGCCAUUGUGCCUUGUACAUGGCCAGAAACCACCCGUCAGAGUACCGUUGGAACCCCAUUGCUUUGUCUGCUCUCGGCGUCGUCUAUCUCUUCAUGUACUGGAUGUGGGACAGCGCCAAUGGCCAGAAGAACGCAUUCCGUCACAAGGAAAGGGGCCAGCUUAUUAAACGCAACACCUUCCCACAGGUCCCCUGGCAAGCCAUUGAGAAUCCUAAAACCAUCAAGACAGACGUAGGCGACCAUCUGCUUAUCGAUGGCUGGUUUGGGAUCAUCCGCAAGCCGAACUAUGUCCCGGAUAUGUUCUUCUCCUUCACCUGGGGUCUACUCACCGGCUUCAAGAGUCCCUUCCCUUGGUUUUACUUCGUCUUCUUCAUGAUUAUGAUCAUUCACCGUACUCAGAGGGACAUUGAUAGAUGUCGACGCAAGUACGGCGAGGCUUGGAAGCAGUACGAGAAGGCUGUUCCCUACAUCUUCAUUCCAUACGUCAUCUAG